AUGAGGCUGCUCCUGACCCUAGCAGGACUCCUGGCCAUGGCAGCCAUGCUCCAGUUCUGUGAUGGCGUCACUCCAGCCGUGCUGGGAAAGGUAGAGACCCCAGUGGUGCUGAGCUGCAUGGAGGAGGCCAAGUGGCUGGUGGACAAGGCCUACAAGGAGCGGCGGGAGAGCAUCAAGCAGCGGCUCCGCAGCGGCUCGGCCAGCCCCAUGGACCUGUUGUCCUACUUCAAGCAGCCAGUCGCGGCCACCAGGACAGCCGCGAGGGCCGCUGACUAUCUGCAUGUGGCCUUGGAGCUGUUGGAGAGGAAGCUGCGAACCCUGCAACCCCAGCCCUUCAAUGUCACUGAUGUUCUGACUCCCCUUCAGCUGAGGCUGCUGUCCAUGUCAAGCGGCUGCGCCUACCAGGACGUGGGGAUGAUGUGCCCGGAGAAUGACAAGUACCGCACCAUCACCGGGCACUGUAAUAACAGACGCAGCCCCACCCUGGGGGCCUCCAAUCGGGCCUUUGCUCGCUGGCUGCCAGCGGAGUACGAGGAUGGCGUCUCGCUGCCCUUCGGCUGGACGCCCGGAGCCAAGCGCGGCGGCUUCCCGGUGCCGCUGGCCCGUGCUGUCUCCAACGCCAUUGUGCGCUUCCCCAACGAGCAGCUGACAGGGGACAGGGAGCGCUCGCUUAUGUUCAUGCAGUGGGGCCAGUUCAUCGACCAUGACCUGGACUUCACACCCGAGCCGGCCGCGCGGGUCUCCUUUACCACUGGCCUAAACUGCGAGACCAGCUGCCUGCAGCAGGCGCCCUGCUUUCCCCUCAAGAUCCCACCCAACGACCCCCGCAUCAAGAACCAGCGCGACUGCAUCCCUUUCUUCCGCUCAUGCCCCGCCUGCCCUGGAAACCACAUCACCAUUCGCAAUCAGCUGAAUGCACUCACCUCCUUCGUGGACGCCAGCAUGGUGUACGGCAGUGAGGUGGCCCUGGCGCAGCGGCUCCGCAACCAGACCAACCACCUGGGGCUGCUGGCCGUCAACCAUCGCUUCAGCGACCACGGCCGGGCCCUGCUGCCCUUCGACAACCUGCACGACGACCCCUGCCUCCUCACCAACCGCUCGGCGCGCAUCCCCUGUUUCCUGGCAGGGGACACCCGCUCCAGUGAGAUGCCUGAGCUCACUGCCAUGCACACCCUCUUCGUGCGGGAGCAUAACCGCUUGGCCUCCCAGCUCAAGCGCCUGAACCCCUGCUGGGAUGGAGAGAAGCUCUACCAGGAAGCCCGGAAAAUCGUGGGGGCCAUGGUCCAGAUCAUCACUUACCGGGACUACCUGCCCCUGGUGCUUGGGCCGGGAGCCAUGAGGAAGUACAUGCCCAGGUAUCGCGGCUACAAUGAUUCGGUGGACCCACGUAUCGCCAACGUCUUCACCAAUGCCUUCCGCUAUGGCCACACCCUGAUCCAGCCCUUCACAUUCCGCCUGGACCACCGGUACCAGCCCACAGGGCCCAGCUCCCGUGUGCCCCUCAGUACGGUGUUUUUUGCCACCUGGAGGGUAGUGCUGGAAGGUGGCAUUGACCCCAUCCUGCGGGGCCUCAUGGCCACCCCCGCCAAGCUGAAUCGCCAGAAUCAAAUUGCUGUGGAUGAGAUCCGGGAACAGCUGUUUAAGCAGGUCAUGAGGAUUGGGCUGGACCUGCCUGCUCUGAAUAUGCAGCGGAGCAGGGACCAUGGCCUGCCAGGGUACAAUGCCUGGAGACGCUUCUGUGGGCUACCACAGCCCAGCACAGUGGGUGAGCUGGGCACAGUGCUCAAGAACUUGGAGCUGGCAAGGAAGCUGAUGGCACAGUAUGGCACGCCCAACAACAUUGACAUCUGGAUGGGCGGCGUGGCUGAGCCCCUGCAGCCUGGCGGCCGUGUGGGCCCGCUGCUUGCCUGCCUCAUUGGCACCCAGUUCAGGCAGCUGCGGGAUGGUGACCGGUUCUGGUGGCAGAACCAGGGUGUUUUCAGCGCACAGCAGCGGGCGGCCUUGGCCCAGAUCUCCCUGCCCCGCAUCAUCUGCGACAACACAGGCAUCACCACCGUGUCCGGGAACAACAUCUUCUUGUCCAAAAUAUUCCCCCGGGACUUUGUCAACUGCAGCUCACUCCCUGCGCUGGACCUGGUUUCCUGGAGGGAGAGGGCCUAGAGGCUGGCUCCCUGCUGAUGGAAGUGGGCAGGCAGUGGAAGCGGACCUGAGGAGGAGCUCUGGAGAGGUCUCCAGGCUCUUGGCUUCAGACCAAUCCAGCUCCAGCUGUUGUGG